AUGGCAGCGUUCGAGGCACUUUAUGGGACGGGAUGUAGAUUACCCAUAGGGUGGUUCGAGGUUGGAGAUGUGAAAUAUUUGAGGGUUGAGUUGGUGAAUGAUUCUCAAGAUAAGGUAAAAAGCAUCCAAGCUAAGGUUCUAGCAACUCAGAGUCGACAUAAAAAAUAUGUAGACUGUAAGGUAAGGGACAUGACAUUCCAAGUUGGUGAGAAAACUCUUCUAAAAGUGUCACCCAUAAAGGAGGUGAUGAGAUUCGACAACAAGGGAAACCUUAGUCCUCGAUACAUCAGGCAAUUUGAAAUUCUUGACUGUGUAUGGCCAGUGGCUUAUAAGUUGUCUUUACCGCCUAGCCUAUCUGGAGUUCACCCAGUGUUCCUUUAUGGGGAGGAACCGGUUGCAAUUCUUGAUCUCGAUGUCCGAAAGCUGAGGACCAAGGAGAUAAAGUCUGUAAAAGUUCAAUGGAAGCAUAGUCUAGUUGAGGAAGCUACAUGGGAAACUGAGAAGGACAUGUGA